AUGUUCCCAGGAAGCGCGUGUGAGUACUUGAACUCGACCUGGGCACCUGAUACUGACGCCUCAUUGAGGACGCUGGCAAUCGAUUGGGGGAGCACCGCUAUACGACUGUACAUCUACUUCGUGGACGAGGGCCGAUUCGAGUUGAUAUUCAACCUCGAGGCGUUGAGCAAGUGCGACGAGACUCGAUACCAGACAGGCUCCUGGAGUGGGUACAUUAACAUCUCAGGCAACGGGCCUGUCUACACCGGCGACGACGUGCCAGCGGCCUUGCAGAUUCCGGCCAAGCUCAUUCUGGGCAAUGGCAGAGGCAUCGAAGAGAGCAACGCCUUGCUCACAGAGAUCAACCGACAACAAGGUAACGACAAAUUUGAGAGAAGAUGCCAGGAAGGUCUGGAAAGGAUUGUCGAAGCGUUUUCUUUGCAAGUGCAAGAACGCUGCGAGAAGCGGAACGAGCCUCUCGAGAUCGUGGAAAUCGGCCUGACUGUUCCCGCUCACUGGACCCUCGAGGAGGAGGAGUCGUACGCUGAACUUAUUAGGAAGGCUUUCCCCAGGAAAUCUUGGAACAAUCGUCUGAAGGACAUCUACUUCAUGACAGAGAUCGAAGCGUUUGCCCAUUUCUUCUUCAGCGAUGCGGUUGUUGUCGAUCGAUACAUGGGAGAUAAGCCAAACAACUACGUCAAGUUCCUAGACUUUGGAGGCCACAGCAUGAAUGGUUGCCUAUUCUACGUACGAAGGGCCGAGGAAAAGUUUGUGUUCAUGCGAGUCGAGGAACCAUUCGGUGUUGUGGGUGGUAGUGCACAAUGGGAGGCGGCCGUCGGCGACUUCUGCACCAACAACGCCCUCUCAAGCGGGGGAUUCAAGAUGUCGGUCAACCCGGAAGUCCGAAACGGGUUUCAGAAGAGGUUUCGGGAAGAGAUCAGGAUGCAUGAGUGCAAUCGCUUCGAAGAGAUUGAGCUGCGCAUCAAGCCGCCGAAAGGAUACGCUGCGGGCACCGGCGACAUUUGGACAACCAUCAGCGCGCAACAGUCUGCCCAGUUUUUCAGAGAGGCCAUGAACAAACCACUCAGGCGAGCAGAGACCGAAAUCAAGGAUCUGGCCACUUUCGUGGGUCGUUACGCGGACGUGGGGGUGAAGGUCAUCGUCUCGGGAGGCACUGCCAAGAAUGGGACUGUGCAGGGAACGCUGAAAGGCUUCUGCCGAGACGUCGGCCUCCCCCCGCCGAUUUUCGUCCACCAGAACUUUGGUAGUAACGAGUAG